AUGAGCUCCCAGACACAAUCCAAACUCGGAUGGCUUACCAGCCUUGACGUUACUUCGACCCCAGACAAGAGCUUUAGACGCUCUUCUAUCAUCGGUACAAUUGGUCCUAAAACCAACAGUGCCGAGAUGCUGGUGAAGCUCAGAAAGGCAGGUUUGAACAUUGUGAGAAUGAACUUCUCCCACGGCUCGUACGAGUACCACCAGUCCGUCAUUGACAACGCCAGAGAGUCCGAGAGAAUAUAUCCGGGCAGACCGCUGGCCAUUGCUCUCGACACCAAGGGCCCUGAAAUCAGAACAGGAACCACCAGGGACGGCAAGGACUACCCAAUCGACCCUAACCACGAGAUGAUAUUUACCACGGACGACAAGUACAAGGAGAUUUCGGAUGACAAGGUGAUGUACAUCGACUACAAGAACAUCACCAAGGUGAUUGAGGCCGGAAAGAUCAUCUACGUCGACGACGGAGUUCUGUCGUUCGAGGUCGUCGAGGUUGUUGACGACAAGACUCUGAAGGUCAAGUCGAUCAACGCCGGUAAGAUCUGUUCCCACAAGGGUGUGAACCUGCCAAACACCGACGUCGACCUGCCAGCGCUGUCCGAAAAGGACAAGGCAGACCUCAGGUUCGGUGUCAAGAACAAGGUCCACAUGGUGUUUGCCUCGUUCAUCAGAUCCGCCAACGACGUGAGAGAGAUCAGAAAAGUUCUCGGAGAGGAGGGCAAGGACAUCCAGAUCAUCUCCAAGAUCGAGAAUCAGCAAGGUGUGAACAACUUUGACGACAUUCUCGCAGAGACCGACGGUGUCAUGGUCGCCAGAGGAGACCUGGGUAUCGAGAUCCCUGCUCCACAGGUGUUUGUUGUUCAGAAACAGCUGAUCGCCAAGUGCAACCUGGCCGGCAAGCCUGUCAUCUGUGCUACGCAGAUGCUGGAGUCGAUGACGUAUAACCCAAGACCAACCAGAGCCGAGGUUUCUGAUGUUGGUAACGCCAUCCUGGACGGUGCUGACUGUGUCAUGUUGUCGGGAGAAACCGCCAAGGGUAACUACCCAUUGGAGGCCGUGUCCAUGAUGCACCACACCUGUCUGAUUGCUGAAAAGGCUCUUCCAUAUUACACGAGCUUCUCCGAACUUAGAGACCUCACCCCUAAGCCAUGCUCGACCCCAGAGACCAUUGCCAUUGCCGCUGCCUCGUCUGCGUUUGACCAGGGCGCCAAGGUCGUGAUUGUCCUGUCCACCUCCGGAACCACCGCCAGACUCGUUUCCAAGUACAGACCUAACUGUCCAAUCAUCAUGGUCACCAGAAACCCAACUUCUGCAAGAUACUGCCACCUCUAUAGAGGCGUGUAUCCAUUUGUCUAUGAAGAUCCGCGCAACGAGAACUGGAUCCAGGACAUCGAGAACAGACUGCAGUUCGGUAUCAAGCAUGCCAUCGAUCUCGGUCUUCUGGCCAGAGGCGAGACUGUCGUUUGUAUCCAGGGCCACACCAGAGGUAUUGGCCACUCCAAUACCAUGAGAGUCCUGGUUGCCUAA